AUGGCUCCCGCCGCGGCUCCCCCCGCCGGAGGGGGAGGCGGAGGGGGAGGCGGAGGGGGAGGGAACAUCAAGGUCGUGGUCAGAGUCCGUCCUUUUAACGGGAGAGAACACGACCGCAGUGCGAAAUGCAUUGUUGAGAUGCGCGACAACCAGACCGUGCUCACUCCACCCCCCGAUGCCUCCUCCGGAGGAGCUACGAAAGGGAAAGACCAGGGCCAAAAGGUGUUCGCCUUUGACAAAUCGUACUGGUCCUUCGACAAGAAGGCGCCCAACUACGCCGGCCAGGAGAACCUCCACGAGGACCUGGGCAAGCCCCUGCUCGACAACGCCUUCCAGGGCUACAACAACUGCAUCUUUGCCUACGGCCAGACGGGCUCGGGCAAGUCGUACUCCAUGAUGGGCUACGGAAAGGAGGCGGGUAUAAUACCAAAGAUCUGUCAGGACAUGUUCAAGCGGAUAGACGAGAUGCAGCAGGACAAGAACCUGCGUUGCACAGUCGAGGUCUCGUAUCUCGAAAUCUACAACGAGCGCGUGCGCGAUCUGCUUAACCCUGCCAACAAGGGCAACCUCAAGGUCCGAGAACACCCGUCGACGGGGCCCUACGUCGAAGACCUGGCUAAGCUGGUCGUGGGCGGCUUCCAGGAGAUCGAGCAUCUCAUGGACGAGGGCAACAAGGCCAGGACGGUGGCCGCGACCAACAUGAAUGAGACGUCGAGCCGAAGUCACGCCGUCUUCACCUUAAUGCUGACCCAGAAGCGCUUCGAUCCAGAGACCAAAAUGGAAAUGGAAAAGGCGGCCAAGAUCAGCUUGGUCGAUCUCGCCGGUUCGGAAAGAGCAACAUCUACAGGUGCGACGGGCGCCCGGCUCAAGGAAGGAGCGGAAAUCAAUCGCUCCCUUUCGACCCUCGGCCGUGUCAUCGCAGCUCUCGCCGAUCUCUCGACGGGAGGCAAGAAGAAGAAGGGCGCGACAGCCACACAGGUCCCCUACCGAGACAGCGUACUCACCUGGCUUCUUAAGGACUCGCUCGGAGGAAACAGCAUGACGGCCAUGAUCGCAGCCAUCAGCCCGGCCGACAUUAACUACGACGAAACACUCAGCACGCUCCGGUAUGCCGACUCGGCGAAGCGCAUCAAGAACCACGCGGUCAUCAACGAAGACGCUAAUGCGCGCAUGAUUCGCGAACUGAAAGAAGAGCUGGCGCUCCUCCGCAGCAAGCUCGGCGGGGGGGCUGUGGGCGGUGUCGGCGGCGGCGCGCCCGUGCCGACAGAAGAGGUCUAUGCGGAAGGCACGCCGUUGGAGAAGCAGAUCGUCAGCAUUACGCAGGCUGACGGCAGUGUGAAGAAGGUCUCAAAGGCCGAGAUUGCCGAGCAGCUGAACCAGAGCGAAAAGCUGCUGCAGGAUCUCAACCAGACGUGGGAGCAGAAGCUGGCCAAGACGGAGGAGAUCCACAAGGAGCGCGAGGCUGCGCUCGAGGAGCUAGGCAUCAGCAUCGAGAAGGGCUUCAUCGGUAUGUCGACGCCCAAGAAGAUGCCUCACCUGGUCAAUCUCUCCGACGACCCCCUCCUGGCCGAGUGCUUGGUCUACAACCUCAAGCCCGGCCUCACCACAGUCGGCAACGUCGAGUCCAACGCCGAGCACCAGGCCAACAUCCGCCUCAACGGCUCCAAGAUUCUCCACGAGCACUGCGUCUUCGAGAACGCCGCCGACGGCACCAUGACCAUAAUCCCCAAGGAGGGUGCCGCAGUCAUGGUGAACGGCAAGCGCGUGACGGACCCGACGCGGCUCCACUCGGGCUAUCGUCUGAUCUUGGGCGACUUCCACAUCUUCCGAUUCAACCACCCCCUCGAAGCACGUGCCGAGCGUGCCGAGCGCGCCGAGCAGAGCCUGCUGCGCCAGUCCGUGACGGCUGGCCAGCUGUUCGACAAGGCGGCGUCACCGUCCCCAAGCCCCAGACCUGGCCACGAACGGAGCUAUAGUACAGCAGCCUCCGAGUUCGGCGACAGCCGUCCCGACUCGCCGGCCCCGUUCCAGCGCAACACGAGAGAGUCGGACUGGUCCUUUGCACGGCGAGAAGCAGCGCCCGCCAUCCUCGGCACGGACCAGAACUUUGCUAAGCUGACUGACGAGGAGCUAAAUGCCCUGUUUGAGGACGUCCAGCGGGCCCGCGCCGAGCGGGUCAACGUCCGUGAGGGCGACGAGGACAUGGAGUCAAUGGCGUCGUACCCCGUGAGGGAGAAGUACAUGUCGACGGGCACGCUCGACAACUUCUCUCUCGACACGGCUCUCACGAUGCCGUCGACUCCCAAGCAGGGCGAGACCGAGGACAAGAUGCGCGAGAUGCGCGAGGAGAUGCAGAACCAGCUCGAAAAGCAAAUGGACGAGUACAGAGAACAGCUCAAGAGCGCCGAGGCCGCCAACGUCGAGGUUGAGGAGAUCAAGAAAGAAAAGGCUAAGAUGGAGGAGACCCUCCUGCAGCUCAAAACCGACAUGAUGAAGCAGCUGGACGUGCAGCGGCGGGAAUACGAGCAGAAGAUCGAGAAGCUCGAUCCGCUCAAGCGGCCAAGGGCCAGCCCAAAACUCUCCCAAGACGAGAUCGAACGGGCAAAGGCGGCAGUCAAGCACUGGCGAGGCCGCCACUCGGUGGAGAUGGCCGAGGCGGUCCUGCAGCACGCGUCAAUGCUGAAGGAGGCCCAGGUCAUGAGCCACGAGCUGGAGGAGAGCGUCGUGUUCCAGUUCACCGUGGUCGACGUGGGCCACGUGCUCUGCUCGUCGUACGACAUGGUCCUUAACGGGCUCCCGGCCGACGGAGACGACAUCGCCCUCGAGGAGGCCCCGAAACCGUGCAUCGGCGUUCGCGUCAUCGACUACAAGCACGGCGUCGCCCGGCUGUGGAGCCUCGAAAAGCUGCACAACCGGGUGCGGCUGAUGCGGCAGAUGUACCAGUACCUCGACCAGCCGGAAUACGCGCAGCACCUGAGCGUCGACAACCCGUUUGUCGAGGACUGCAUGCCGCAGUACACGCUGGUAGGAGAGGCUGACGUGCCGCUCAAGGCCGUCUUCGAGAGCCGGGUCCAGGACUUUAUGCUCGACGUCGUUUCUCCGCAUACGACACACGCCAUCGGGCGCAUCAAGCUAGCCCUAGAGCCGUCGAGCGCGCGGGCGCCCACAAACACUCUCAAGUUCAACAUCGUUAUGCACGAGAUGGUUGGCUUCGCAGAGAGGGAGGGCACCGAGGUGCACGCGCAGCUGUUCCUGCCCGGCAUCUCGGAGGAGGACGGCAUUACUACUACGCAGAUGAUCAAGGACUUUGACGAGGGCCCCAUCCGGUUCGAGAGCGUCCAUAGUAUGAGCGUUCCGCUGUUCGCGCCCCUCGAGACGACGCUGCGGGUGGCGAUAUUCGCCAAGGUGUCGACCAUGCACCUCGACAAGCUGCUCAGCUGGGACGACAUCAGGGAUGGGGUGCCGGCGCGGCCCAAGACGGCCAGGAUAAACGAGUCGCAGUUCUUCCGCGAGGAGAAGCACGACCUGCUCGCACGGGUCAAGAUCCUCGAGAUGAACGAGGACGGCGAGUACGUGCCCGUCGACGUGGCGCAGACCAGCGAGCUCGACAGCGGCACGUUCCAGCUUCACCAGGGCCUGCAGCGCCGCAUCACCAUCAACCUCACCCACAGCUCGGGCGACGCGCUGCCGUGGAACGACGUGACAUCGCUGCGCAUCGGCAAGAUCCAGCUGCUGGACGGCGCUGGCAAGACGCCCGACAUGAGCACCACCGCGCCCGACCUCGCCCUGAGGCUCGCGUCGAGCCCCGUCUUCAAGAACAAUGCGAACGGGACGCGGAGCGUGACCAUGUCGGGCCAGUGGGACUCGGCGCUGCACAGCUCGCUGCUGCUCGACAAGGUGACGGCCGACAAGUACCGCGUGCAGAUGACCGUGUCGUGGGAGAUCAGCUCGGAGAAGCUCGCCGAGCCCAUGAAGUUCACCAUGAACGUGUGCUGCCAGAUCAGGUCGCGGUCGUUUGUGCGGCAGACAUCGAUCCUCUCGUCGCUUUUCCAGCAGGUGCGCUUCGUGCGCUCCAGCACCGCCAUCUUCACCGUGCAGCUGCGGCCCGCACCCAUCAAGCGCGCCAGCGACCUGUGGCGCCUUAACAGCCAGCACGACUACGUCAAGGGCGAGGAGAACCUCGUCUCGUGGACGCCGCGCGGCGUGUCGCUGGUGGCCGACUACAUCAACUCUAAGAAGAAGCGCAGGCUGGUGUCCGAGGUCGCAGCCGUCCAAGCCGUGCUCAGGCGGCUGGGCAUCCAAGACCCCAGCGAGCAAGCUAGCGGUAACGGCGUGGACGGGACAGAAGACGCAGACCUGCCGCCGCCGCCGCCGCCUGUGAUCAGCGACACCGACUCGAUUGCCGAGCUGCUCAAAGACACGCCCGACGGCUCGGAGGCGUCGUCUCCAGAGGUGUCGCAAUUGGACGAGGCCGCGCCGCCGCCCGAGAACGAGCAGCAACCGGAAGCGCCUCUCCCAGUACCUGAAUACACGGGGCAACAGACGGCGCUGCUCGGCAAGUGCCUCGGCCUCUGGCGGCGGUAUCCCGACCCCGCACUAAACAUCCUCGGCCCGGCCAACACGGACCCGCCGGCCAACGGGGUACUCAGCGGCGGGCCGGCGCAGGACUCGUCUUCGCCGCCCGAGUUCGUCGCCACGGUGAUCCGCGUGCUCAAGACGCCCGCAGUGCUCAAGGGCGGCUACUUACUGGUGCCCAACAGCGAGGCGACGCGGUGGGUGCGACGCUUCGUCGAGCUGCGGCGGCCCUACCUGCACAUCCACAGCGUCACCGACGGCGAGGAGAUUGCCAUUGUCAGCCUGCGCAACGCCCGCGUCGACAGCCAGCCCGGUAUCCUCGGACUGCUGAACCACGACUACGGCCAGGACAGCCACACCCACAGCAACGGCGACGACCAGGCAGACACUGCACCAGCGACGACAACAACAAGGCCGCGAGCGGGAGGCCACCGCCGCACGCAGUCGGGCCGCCUGCCCUUCUCGGGCUUCCUCGGCGGCGGCGGCCUCGGCAUCUCGCCGUCCGGUCUUCUAGGUGGUGGCGGCACCCCACCGGGGGGCAUCAGCAAACUCAGCGAGCGCCUGCAGGCCGGCGUGUUUGCCAUUUACGGGACGGAUAACACGUGGCUGUUUGGCGCCCGCAGCGAGCGCGACAAGAUGGAUUGGAUCCUGCGCAUCGACCAGUCAUUCCUGCUGUCGUCGUCUGGCGACAGCUCGAGCGCCGCGAGCGCCAGUGCGAGCGAUCUCGCAAGCGGCGCUGUGAGCCCUGCUGUGGGGAAUGGCCAUGGGAAUGGGCACGAUGGGGGCCGGUACUAG